AUGGAGUUCACCAUCGCCGCUAUGGGGUUUGCUACAGGCCGUCCCCAUACGUGCCGUGUGCCGUUGGAGGCUAGCAGUGUCGUCAACAUCGCUGAGGCCAUGAAGAGAGAGGCGGAUACGCUGGCGAUCCAGCAGGUUGCGAUGCCGGCGCGCUACAUCUGGGAGGUGCUCCGCGAUCAAUUAUACGGCUCUGGCGAUGCCAACGUCGUGCGUGGCCUGGCGGAGCAGCAAGUGCUUCGUCGAGUGUAUCGAACGCGCAAUCAACACUUCAGCGGUGACGUGCAUGGGACCGUGGAAAUCCCACCCCUUUCACUGGCAUUGAAUGAGACUGUGCCCUUUUUUCAGCUUCACUACGUUACUAUCACUCGCAACAAUUUGAACAAGCCGACACGGUUGUUGGGGUGGGCGCAUCCGGCGCUAGUGAACCUACUUCGCUGCAAUGGGGUCACACUGUUUGUUGACGGCACGUUUCCCAGCGUGCAGCGUGGCUACAAGCAGUGCGUAAUAUUCAUGGUCCACGAUCGCGCAUCGGGUUUGUUCGUCCCGGUCUACUAUGUACUGAGCACCUCGCACACGGGCGACUAG